AGCACAGUGUGACAAAGUGACACGGGAAGAUUCUAGUGUUCCACACAAUGUCUUUGCGCCUCUCGAGCUUUUUGCGUCACGUGGCUAAUUUCUUUCUCUUCCUCUUGUUUUUCCUCGUUGCGCGUACCGCGCGCGCUCAGGGUUACAAUAUGUACUUCUAUGCCAAAAUCAAUAAUACAAGUAUAUAUCCAGCCCGGAGAGGUGGUGGCAGCAGCACUGCGCUUCUUCAGCAGGGUUUAGUCAACCCGAUGCACAGCAAGGAUACGGUUCGCGGCUCGAGCAUGUGCCGCGAUUCGCGUGCAUCCGCUGCGCCGUCCUCGCUCGCGCUUUUUUGAAAGGUGACGUCACUCCGGUAGUAUGCCAGUGCCUGGUAAUUUGUCCAACUUUUAUAAAGAACGGAAGCGGCGUCCGGAUUUUACAUAGUUCGAUGGUCGUUAGCUGGUCUUACCCGCACUCCGUGUUUUGCGUCCAGGUGAACCGCACCGAAAAAUUCGUUUUUACCCCGAAGAUGUUGAGGAACGGUACAUCCGACGAAGAAUUCUAAACAGUCCGUAUACAAAUGAAUUGGAAAGGAAUCGAUGAAAGAGAUGAAAGUGCACCAGUGAAGACUGGAGUGAUCAUGCACGACGACGGAAACUUAUAUAAUAACUGCACAGCGGCUUGCGAAUUGCAUAAUCACAUCAAAUACUUAUAACGAGGCGUACACGAAGGGUAGGUCCGUCCUAGUCGCUCAAUUUACCGCGUCCCGCCGGAAGGCCAAAAUUCCGGGAAAGGCAAAACGUUAGAUUUUAAGCGUGAGAAACUGUUUUAAGUGUACGUUGAGAGUAGAGGCACUUCCUUCCUGCUUUGCGGCUUGUGCGAGGAGGAAGUGCGGCGCUCCUAAGGAUGCAUCGCAUCCCGAUCAGUGACGACAGCGGUGACCACAACGCGGCUGGCUCGUAACGUGAAUGCACGGGAUAUCUCGCGGUACAGUGUACACUUUCGACCAUCGGGCUUGUUUCUCCGCGCAGCGAUAAAUCAACAAUUAUCGGUAUGCUCGCGCGAGUAAGUGACCUUGACGCAAGGUCGGCAAUCCCGCACGGUAGAGAGAUGUUCUCCAUUUGACGAACGCGCAGCCGGCAGUCUCGGAGCGGAAAGGACCCCUCUGUCGUACCACGAAAGUCUCUCUAAAGUCCUUUUCCACGGGGGAUAAUGGCGAUAGCGGAGGACGCGGGGAAGGACUGGAAAGUCGCCAGGACCGGCAUCUCCCUGCUGCUCAACAACAGAACCGAGGAGGCGGAGGCUCUGUUCACCGAGCAUCCUCAUAGCUUCCACGUCAAAGCCGGCCGUUGCUUUGUUCUCUUCAUGAAUGCCCUGAUGACUUUCGAAGAGGACAAGUUCCAGCAAGCCACGUUGUUGCUGAAAGAUAUGGAACGGGAAUGUGCGGGCGAUAUAGGGUGGCUCAAGUCCGUGAGAAGUAAAGUGUUUCGAGCGGAGGAGACCGAUAAGGACUACGUGAAUAAGUUGGAACGCCAAAUCGUUCUGGCGGAUACUCAGGUAUUCUCAGCCGUGUCGUUGUUUCUCCAACAAGAGCUGACCGGAUACGUUCGCGGCUGCUGGAUGCUCCGCAAAGCUUGGCGCGUCUAUCAACACGCGUACACCCAGAUCUCGCAACUGUAUCGUCGCACCUUUGGUACAAAUCCGACCGGAUUCAGUCCAUGCGUCACCCCGGCGAGCAAUGGAUCCUCUCUGCAGAGCCCGCAGAGUCCGGAAUCUUCGGAAUGGUCGAUACCAUCCUGCAACGGUUACGUGAACAACGUGACACCCGCGCCGUCGCCAUCAGGUCUGCGAAGCUCUCUUUCAAUGUUGUUCUCGCUCACCGGCAUCACGUCCGAACAACAGACACCCUUUGUGGAACCUACGGAGGUGACGCGCUUAAUGUCGGCCGCAAGUUUCGGUUAUGGCAUAUAUCAGCUGUGCGUGAGCCUCUUGCCACCGUCUGUGCUGAAAGUAAUCCAUUUCUUCGGCUUCGAGGGCAACAGGCAGUCUGGUCUUACCGCCCUUAUGUACGCACGACUUGGCGAAGAUAUGCGCGCACCGCUCGCCACAUUAUCCCUACUCUGGUAUCACACGAUUGUACGUCCGUUUUUCGCGCUUGACGGGUCUAAUGUAAAGGCGGGGGUCGCGGCAGCAAAGCAGCUGAUAGCCGAGUGUCAUGCCGAGUUCCAGGAUUCUGCCCUUUUUCUCUUCUUCGCUGGCAGAAUGGAACGUCUGGAGACAAAUGUCGAUGGAGCGCUAGAAGCGUUCGGCAAAGCAGUGGACGUUGCGACGCAGAGGGAAGUGAAAUUGCUGUGCUUGCACGAGGUGGCUUGGUGCCACGUGAUACGCUUGAACUACGACGAGGCAUAUCGAUCCUUGUUGCAGUUGCAGCAGCAGUCGAGAUGGUCCAAGGGCUUCUACGCAUACUUAGCCAUGGUUUGUUGCGGAGCGAACGGCAAGUUUGACGUUCUCCUGUCGUUGCACGGCAAGAUCCUCCCCUGGUUCCACGAGACGAAAAGCGAGUCGCAACUCGAUGUUUUUAUCAUGCGCAGGAUGCCGAAAAUCGUCGAUAAGGAGACCGGGCAUCCUUACACAGCUCUGUACUAUAAGUUGCUCGUAUACGAAUCACUGUACUUGUGGAACGCCCUUCCGUCCUGUUCCGCCGAAUCGCUGCGGGGAAUAUCAUACGAAUGCAAGGAAAAUCAUUCCGAGGAGCCGAUGGUGGGCUUGAUUGAUCUUAUCGAAGGCGCAGCGUGUCUUUAUCUGGGGGAUACCGAGGCGGCCAUUAAAAGUUUCCGAAAUUGUUUGAAACACAGGUAUCCGUCCAAGGACGAGUACGAUCAGCACAUCAGCGCGUUCGCGCUAUACGAAUUAGGGAGCAGUCUUAGUAACAAUAACAAUCCUAACGAAGGCAAGAGUUUCCUACUGAAGGCGCAAAAUCAGUACAAAGAUUAUGAUUUUGAAACUCGACUCAACUUACGUAUACAUGCCGCCCUGAAAAACAUAUAGUAACGCCGACUCCCGAUAUUAACGUCCGAUACUACAUCGUAACGAUAGCUUUAGCAUCGAGAGAACGUAUUUGGAUACAACAGUACUAUUUUAUGUACAUACAGUCGUGGUCAGAAUGGUUGUCCGAUGUUUUACGACAAAUUUCGGAAAUACAGUCUAUCAUGCAAGAGAUUAUACGCAGUGUGUUUAUGUGCGCGAAUGUGUGACGCAUUGUCAGAGUAAAGGAAUGACAUGCACGAAUAUCUAUGCAAUGAUACGUAUGGAUAUUCCGAAAAUUUUUUGUAAAAUGUAUCGUAACGUCGGUCAACCUUUCUGACACUAGGAGUCACUGAUGGCCUUCCCAUAUGAAUUCAGGCGCUGGUAGAACACAUGUACAUUUUUCAUGUAUGCAUAUGCAAAAUGUAUAAAUAUGUCGAUAUGUGCACAAUUCAUGCGAGAAGGCAUCGGGGAUUCCUAGUGCACAUUCGUCCAAGAUGUUGUUAUUUUUCGUUUAACGAUAAAGAUCAACGAAGAUGAAAUUAAAGCAAACUGUACCAGAAAUAUGUGAUUGUAUAGGUCUUUUUUUUCAUUUUAUUAAUAUUGUGCUUUUUAAGCAUCCAUGCAAACGUAAUUUCAUAAUUUCGAAGAUAAAAGAUAUUUUAGAGCAAGCGAGCGUUGUAUCGUGCAAUUAAUCACAUUUAUUUAGAGCAACAGAUUUUGCAAAAAGUAUACAAAAUUUUGCAGUAGAACAUAGCGAAGUGCAUUAUGGGUGUUCUUUUGCUCUGUCUAAAGAAAUAUGUAUGCAUAGGCAAACGAAAUUGGAUCGCGUUUUUUUGCACGAUUAUUCGGAAAAGCCGUGCUCGUUUGAAAAAUGAUGUAUAUACAUUGUUUUAGUAUUAUCUGCAUUUAUCCUGUACAUACGUAUCUUGUACACCCACAAAUAAAAUAAUGAAACUAGGAUAAGAAAAUAUAUUUGAAUAUUUCAUCAAAA